CGCCGACCGCUGAGUUCCGGAGUUUGUGUGUUUCCUCCUUCUGAGUUACUCACUAUCUCUAACCCCUCGGCUCGAACGUGGCCUCGGUGCCUUCCAUCAUGUGGUCCGUUGACUCGCGCUGACUGGAUCACAAACGUCUGGCCAUAAGACUGAAGCUUCGACCCACUCACUUGAGAGUGAGCAUUCACUGGCCCCCUCGCCAAGCGUUCAUCGAUAGAGUGAGAUUGCAAGUAUAAGCAUGGAGGACAUAAAAUCAUCGCAAGCAUCUCUUGUCCAGGUCACUUCGAAGCGCCCGCUAUUUUGUGCUCACAAAGAAGCGGUAAAAAGACUUCCGCCAAUUUUCCGACUAGGCCCCUUUGAUCAGUUGACGGUCCACUACUUGCCUGUCGCCGUCAUCUUCGUCUACGACGCCGCCGAUGCGGAACACAAGGAGCCCGUCUCGGCAGAGCGCCUAGAGAAAGCUCUCAGCCAACUGCUUGACUACUAUCCCCAUCUUACUGGUCGCAGGCGCAUCAACCCUGUAGAUGGGACUGCUGAACUCGACCAGUUAGGUUCCGGCGCCGCUCUGUACAUCGCUGAAUGUGGCUCCCGCCUCGACGCAUUCUACACCGAAUCACCCGAUGGCCAGGCGCAUCUUGCAAUGAGUGACCUCCCCGGCUCGGGAGCGCAGUUGAUCGCUCCCUCCGAGUCAACGCUCGAAGGCGCAGCGGCAGACCCCAUCCUCACCGUCCAGUACACCCGUUUUGCCUGUGGAAGCGUCAGCCUCGGCGUCUGUCUGCAGCACAUCGUGUGCGACCUGGAUGGGUUCAUGCAGCUGAUGCGCCAUCUUGCGGAGAUCUACCAUGGGAUCACCGCUGCGGAGACAGCGGGCGGGACGCACUUGGAUAUGGUGCUCGAGGCGACACCGUGGAUACAGUCGCACGUCCCGGAGAAUGUCGAGAAGGAGUUUACCGCGGACGAGCAGGUAGAGAACUACACGGAGGAUCCCAGCCCCGCGAGUCGCGCGAACCCCUCGAGCGCGCGUCUCGAUCCGCCGCCUCCAGUCAUCGGAAAGAUCCUGCGUUUCUCUGGAGCAGAGCUCAAGGCAAUAAAGGACGCCGCGACAGACGUGAGCGGUAGCGGCUGGGUCUCGACAUUCGAAGCCUUCUCCGCUCACCUUUGGCAAUGCGUGCACCGCGCGCGCACGCAACUGAUGCCGGAGCGUGAUGAAGGCUCCGGCGACACUCUGGAAACCUGCUCUGACUUCCUCGCACCCGUCAACUGCCGCCCGCGUCUGGGUCUGCCCGCGCGUUACUUCCCCAACGCAGUCAUCUGCCCCUACGCCCGCCUGCCCUUCGCCACGCUUCAGAACGCGUCCCUCCCAAAGAUCGCGCAGACCCUGCACGACGCCCUGCAAGCCGUAACGCGGGAGCGCGUCGAGGGCACUCUGCGCUAUAUCUCGGCGCGAGCUGGAGUGGUCAAGCAGCGCUUCCGCCACGGGCCCGAUAGCUUCAUCGUCACCCCAUGGAACAAGGUCGACAUGUACGGCGUGUACUUCGAUGCGGAGAAGAGGGUUGCGCCGGUCCUGGUGUCUGCACCGUUCACACCGAUAUCUCUGGUGAACGGGCUGGCGUACUUCUUGCCGACUGGGCCGCAGAAGGACUCGGACGGCUCCAUAGACGUCAGCCUCACGCUCUAUGCGCCUGUCUGGGAGGCACUCGAAGGAGAUCCGAACUUCAGGAAGUUCAAGCAGUGA